CCAUCCUAAAAGCAAUGCCCCGGGUCUUCCUUGUGAGGAGUCGGCGUCCACAACCCCCUAAUUGGAGCCAUCUGCCUGACCAGCUCCGGGGAGAUGCCUAUAUCCCAGACUGCAGCAGCCUGGCAGUGCCACCAGCGCACAGAUCUCCUGGUCUGCGAGACACUUGGGCAGUGUCCUCACAGGGAACACUGACCUCUGCUCCCAGGGCCCCGGGAACACUUGGCUGCCCACUUUGCCCCAAGGCCUUCCCACUGCAGCGCAUGCUGACUCGCCACCUCAAAUGUCAUAGCCCAGCACGGCGCCACGUGUGCCAUUGCUGUGGUAAGGGCUUUCACGAUGCCUUCGAUCUCAAGCGCCACAUGAGGACUCAUACUGGAAUACGGCCAUUCCGCUGUGGAGCUUGUGGGAAAGCUUUCACGCAGCGCUGCUCCCUUGAAGCUCAUCUUGCCAAGGUCCAUGGGCAGCCGGCCAGCUACGCUUACCGGGAGCGCAGGGAAAAGCUGCACGUGUGUGAGGACUGCGGCUUCACCAGCUCUCGGCCUGAUGCUUAUGCACAACACCGCACGCUACACCGCACAACCUGA